AUGUAUGUCCCCGCGGUCGACGACCCCGGCUGUCGGUCGGUGAAUUUCGGCUUUGUCCGCGCUUUAGAGGAGGACGGGCUUAUGCGGAAGUGCACGGGCGCGAAUGCGUGCCGACGGAGGGUAGAGACCUUGAGCUGGCAAAAUCAAGGGGUUCGGAGGCGUAUCGCCGUCCCGCUCCGAUCAAUCGGGCGGCUCGGUCGCACGGCCGCGUGGCGGCGGGCAUCGACCCCGGCGCGGUCGUUACCCCGCGACAGUUGCACCCUGCUACCCCGUGCCGGUGGCUCACCCUCGUUUCUGCCGAAUCUUGGACUCGGCCGCAGCGCGCCUGACAUUGACUCGGCCGGGUCAACGAACCCCACAAUGGCGCUUCCGAUAUCCGGCGCUAGCUCUCGUAAUAGUCGUGUACUCCAAUUA